AUGCCCAUAUUCCAGGACGAUCUCGAACGAUCAUCGCCCGUCGCUGAUUGCCCGGAUGCGACAGAAUCGGUCUCUGUACAGCAGCAAACCAACAUACCGUCCCUGGCGAGAAAGCUCUCCGAAGAGAGCAUCCGGACCGAGCUCUGCGAGGGGCUCGUUCUUGAAAGCCCGAGACUGUCAACCCCUGAAAGCGACGCCGCCGCAGUCACGUCCGACAGAGCCGAGUUGAUUGAGCGACUGAAGCGAGGAGAGAGCCCGACCUGGGUUCCGAACCGUCAUGUAGGGUCACCUAGAAGCGCCAAAGACACACCCUUUGCUCACAACAUUACCCAGCUUGAGUCGCUGUUCAACAACCUGCCCCGUCCAACCACGCCGCGAAGCCCCCGCCCGCGAUCCAGCUCGUCCAACCUACUACCCCCGGCGCGCAUCACUCCGGAAAAGACAGAUGGACCACAAGAGGAUGACGAGAGAUUCCGCGAUGGAUUAAGCAUACAAAGGCCAAGAUCUGCUCUGCACAGCGGCGACUUCACCGAGGAACAGCCGCGGGGAAAGCAGCAAGGGGCACAGAAGGAGGAAGAGCAAAACCCCAUGACCAUCAAGUCCUUGGCGUCUCGCAACUCAUGGAUCGCAACGUCACCCCCACAAGACUUUUCGGCUUUUCAAUUUGAGGGAAGAAUACCCUUCCCGGUCCCGCAUGAUGACUACAGAUCCGUGCCGUCGUCUUUAUCCUCGUCGUUUUCGUCGAGUUUCGUGUACAAGCCGCCGACAAGCCCGCUCGUUCAAUCCGAGAGCAAUGACGACAUUGACCUAUCGGAACCGCUGCACAGCAUCGAUAUCGCGGCGAGCCCCCUGAACGUCAAUUCGCGCCGGCACACAUUGAACUCGGUUGCGAGUUCGCCGUUUGCUGUUCCGUCCCCGAUCUAUCCUGCACUUCAGGGGCGCUCAUCGCAUCGAGGAACGACGCUGCCAUAUCAAGCACACCAGCCCAGGCGAUCCCUUACAUCUACCCCUAAGGUGAUACCUUCUGGGGCCUUACCCCAAACGCCCGCAUUUCUGAGACCCAGGCGACCCUCCUUCAACGCGGAUACUUCUCCCUUGCAGCAUGCGUCCAUGGUGGGGUCAUACGAAGAGAGUAUCCUCCGGGGUCGAAUGUCGACAACGCCAUCGAAACCACUCGAUUUUCUUGCGCAGAUUGGUGUCUUGGGUCUGGGGAGAUGUAAAUCUAGUCUAAGGUGCCCGGCCCACGUCACAUUGCCUUUCCCAGCCGUUUUUUACAGUUAUGGAGGAACACCACAAGGUCACGUCCGAUCAGAGGACGGGCCAAGCCCAUACGUGGGGCAAAUUGACCUCGAGAAUGGACUACCGAACCCCGAAGAAGGGCAGCGUUCCAAGAGGAAGAUGCAGAGCAGAGUCGCCGAGCGAAGAAUUGUUGAAGACGACGUGGUCAUGGGCGACGUCCCUGCAAUGGCGGAUGGCUCAGACUGCGAGGCACGCAGAGCUCAAAGAGCAAGGCGGAGAUCGGGGUCACCAAGAGCGCCGCCGGGUGGAAGCUAUCGGAUACCCGAGAAGGGCCAGAUACAGAUUGUGAUCAAAAACCCGAACAAGACGGCCGUGAAGCUGUUUCUGGUUCCGUAUGAUCUUGCCGGCAUGGAACCCGGGACGAAAACGUUCAUCCGACAGCGGAGCUACUCAGCUGGUCCCAUCAUGGAAAACGCGCCAGGGCUUGAAGAGGCCGCGAGCUCGGAUCGACCGAUCUUGCGUUACCUCGUGCAUCUACACAUUUGCUGCCCGGCCAAAGGGCGAUACUAUCUCUAUAAAAGUGUUCGGAUUGUUUUCGCCAAUCGAGUGCCCGAUGGCAAGGAGAAGCUGCGCAACGAGACUACCUGCCCGGAGCCUCGGUACACGCCGUACAAGCCCGUCCGUGUGAUGCACCCGCCAUUAUCCAACUGCAGCGGUCCCGCGGCCACGCUCACAGCCGAGAAGGCCUUCAGGAGGCGGAGUGCGGUCUUUCCGUUGGGCCAGUCUUUGCACGGGCUCGAGGCACCGGAAGGGCUCUCGCGGUCACCGCAAGCCAUGGGACAGCAAUCAUCACCGUCCCCUUUCAGCUUCGGCGACAACAACCAACCGGUAGAGGCCAUUCCUUUCGCUCUCUCGGGGCGGACUCGGCAUGGGAGCGAUAUUAGCGAUAGCACAAACACCGCCACCACCACACCUGGCGUCCUCUCGCCGCAGUCGUCGCAAGCAAGCAGGCCGACAACCAAGGACGGCUGGGAAGAGCAUAUCGCUCGAUACCAAAAACUGAACAAAGGUGACGUAGGAUACGGCGGCAACGCGUUUGCCCCUUUUGGGCUCGGAAGCCUAGGCGGCACGGAAGGGUUACUUUCUCAGCGGCUUCGGUCCCUUGGAGUACAGAAUAAUCAGGGCGAGCUGCCUUCGAACAAUCAGGAGAGUCGGGAGUAA